CCCGGCCCUCGGCCCCGCGCCCGGAGCGACGCUCCCCGGGCUCCCCGGCCGUCCCUGGGCCCCGACCCCGCCUUCACCCUGAGCCACAGAUCCAGGGGUUCGGCACAGAGCCUCCCAGCACAGCCUGGAAUGUGCUCUCCCGCAGCCGGCUUGGCCUUCCAGCCUGGACCAUUUAUGCAUGGCCUCCUUGCAUGCUCCUUGAGCAUCUCUCCACCUGGGAUGCUCCUUGAGCGUCCCUCCCACCCUGGGGUGCUCCUUGCAUAUCCCUCAGUCUGGGAUGCUCCAUCCCUCUGGUGCUCGGCUGGAAUAAAGUCAGGUGAUCAUUUGAUCUGCAAGAAAAUCCUUUGCCUAUUUUUAACUGAUUUCUUCCUCCUCCAUAGUUGAGAGAAAUGCUGUUUCUCCCCUAUGUCAUGUUUCUGCAAGCAGUGUUGCCCUUCCCCUCUGGGGCUCCCAGUCUGGGUGCCUGUCAGCCCCCAGGCCCAUGUUUGCACAGCCCCAGGCUCCCCUUGCCCUCUGCCCUGUCCCACCAUGGGUGAAGCUCCCAUUGCCCGUUCCCACCCUGUGCUCUCCUGACUGUUGAGGCAAAGCUGCUGCCUGCAGGGGUGUGGGAACAACUUUCCUGGAAACACGAGGCCUCUCGUCACACACCCAGAAUCUGGUGCAGUUUUAGCAGUGUCAAUGCCUGCAAGUGGGGCAGCUGGAGAAGAGAGCUCCUGCUUCUGAUGCUUGUUGCUGGAGCACCUACAGAGCCCAUCAACAGCUCCAGUCUCUGCUGUCUCCUCUGCAGCAGCUCCAGACCCUGGUGGCCCUGGUUCUCCAAAGCAUUAGCUUCCCAAUAAAGCCAUGUCUCCUUCAUGGCCCCUUGGAAGCUAAGUGGGAUUUGGUGUCUCGUCUUUCAAAGCUGAAAGCUUUGAAAGCUGAAAAGCUGAAAAGCUGAGCCUUUCCCAGUCCCACUCCUAAACCACCACAGCACAAAUGAGAUUAAAUUCACCUGGAGGGGAUUCCCUGGCUGUGGGAGUUUACUCCUGGUUGCAGCAUCACUGAAAUUAAAACUCCUUUCCUCCCUGGCCUCAGGAGAGCUGCAGCCAGGUCAUGUCAGUGCCAUGACAAGGACUGGGCUGGCAGACAGACAGGCAGCUGAUGGGGGAUAUGGGCUUUCCUGCUCACUCCCCCCUCCUUUUCCAAACUCAGGAAACAUCUGUACGGAGGGACAAGCUUUCUCAUCUUGUAUUUUCCACUUGGUGCCCCUCUUUUUCCACUGUGGAUGCACAGAGCACUGCAGCUCCUGAAAAAAUUCUUCCAGGAGCCCUGGAUGAUGCCCUGAGCUACUUGGUCCCCCUCAGAGUCCGUGAGGGAUGGGCACAGCCUCACAGCUGCCCCAGCAGCUCCGUGUGCCUGGCAGCAACCGGGAUGGGCAGGGCAUCCUUAGCUGGUCUCCUCCCACCACAAGGGCAGCAGCUGAUUCUCACAGAGAUUCAAGGCAUCUUUCAGAGCAAAAAAGAGACUUUUUCAUCCUGCUGAGGCCCAGCAAACCUCUGCCCCGCUGCUUUGCCAUCUUGGAGCUGGGUGUCCAGUGUGUGGCUUCAUUUCACAGUGGGCCUCAUCUGCCAGAGGAAGCAAGGAAUUAAAGCAGAGUCCUUCCUGCAGCGGAGCGAGUGGAUGUUCCAAGGCCUCUGGUUUGCAGACCCAGAGUCCUUCCUGAAGUCUGCACGUCUCCAGCGCCUGCCCUCGUCCUCCUCAGAGAUGGGAAGCCAGGACGUGUCCCCCCUGCAGGAGACCAGCAAGGAUCCCUUCUCAGGAGACUGCAGCUGCCGGCAGGACGGGCUGACCGUCAUCAUCACUGCCUGCCUGACCUUCGCCACAGGGGUCACUGUGGCCCUCAUCAUACAGAUCUAUUUUGGGGACCCUCAGCUGUUCCACCGCGGGGCUGUGGUGACGGACGCCGCGCGCUGCACCGCGCUGGGCACCGACGUGCUGGCCAGGCACGGCUCCUCGGUGGACGCGGCCAUCGCCUCGGCCCUCUGCGCCGGCAUCGUCAACCCACACAGCUCGGGGCUCGGAGGGGGCGGGGUGAUGCUGGUCCACGACAUCCGCAAGAACAGGAGCUGGGUCAUCGACUUCCGUGAGGUGGCUCCCCUGGGCAUCCCACUGGAAGGGGACCUGCAGCAGGACACCAAGCCAGGUCUGCUCGUGGGGGUGCCAGGCAUGAUCCAAGGAAUGCACCAGGCACACCAGUUACAUGGCAGACUCCCGUGGUCCGAGCUGCUGGGCCUCACAGCCGGCGUCGCCCAGAACGGCUUUAAUGUCACACAUGAGCUGGCCAAAGCCCUGAGUGAACUGAAGGACCUGAACUACUCUGACCGAUUCCACGAGAUCUUCCUGCCGGAUGGGCAGCCCCUGCUGCCUGGAACGUUCGUCCGGCGCCUGGACCUUGCGGCCGUGCUGCAGCUGCUGGGGGAAGAAGGGGUGUCAGCCUUCUACAGAGGAAACUUGACCCAAGAGAUGAUCUCUGAGGUCCACAACUACGGAGGAGUCUUGGUGGAGGAAGAUUUCAGCAAUUACAGUGUCACUGUGGAGGACCCUGUGCACACAAUCUAUCGAGGACACCUUGUUUUCACCCCCCCACCUCCACAUGCAGGUCCUGCACUGAUCACAGCACUGAACAUCCUGGAGGGCUUUAACAUCACAAGGCAAGGAUCCAGAGGGAAUAUCUUGCACUGGGUGGCAGAGACACUAAAAAUAGCCCUGAGUCUGGCAAGCAACCUGGGAGACCCAUCUGGUGACGUUUCUGUCACUCACACAGCAGAAGUCAUGGUGAGCAAAUCAGAAGCCAAUUCCCUGCGGCAGCUGAUCAAUGACUCCCAGCCCUUCCCGUCCGAGCUCCGCCCGCCUCAGUCCCCGGCGGAGAGCGGCACCGCCGCCAGCCAGGUCCUCGUCAUGGGCCCCGAUGACUUCAUCGUCGCUGUGCUGAGUUCUUUGAAUCGUCCCUUUGGCAGUGGAAUAGUAACACCCUCUGGAAUCCUCCUGAACAGCCAGAUGUUGGACUUCUCCUGGCAAAAUAAAACAAUGAACCACUCCAUUCCCAGGCUGCAAAACCUCCUUCAGCCUGGGAAGCGGCCACGGUCCUUCCUGCUGCCCACGAUCGUGAGGCCCUCCAAGGGGAUGUGUGGCACCUACCUGUGUCUGGGAGCCAACAACGGGGACAGAGCCCUGAGCAGCAUCGUCCAGGUUUUGUUAAAUGUUUUAACAUUUAACAAGAAUCUGAGUGAAAGUCUGUCACUUGGUCGACUUCACCCCGACCUUCAGUCCAACACCUUGCAGGUUGACAGUGAGUUUCCUGAAGAAGAUAUUGAAUUUCUUGUGGCCAGGGGCCAUCAGGUGGAUAAAGUCCCAGUGGUGUCCCUGGUUCACGGGGCCAGGAGAACCAACAGUUUCAUCAUUGGCCUGAAGGACCCCAGGAGUGUAGAUGCUGCUGGAGCCACGAUCUUGUAGCAGCUCCCAGGGAACGUGUUCUGUGACCAAGGCUGACACACAACCCCAGUGAUGUGCAUGUUCUGAAGUGGCCCCUUCUCCAGCCCCACACACUGCUGGGAAGAUGCUCUGCCCACCCUGACAGCACCAGAGGAGUCAGCAGCACCAACAUCCAGCUCUCCUUUGAUUUUUCAAUUAUUUGGAUUGCAAGCAGCCCCAUCCUUGUUACAGGAGUGGCAGGAGCACUUUUCCUUUGGCAGUCUUGCUAAUAGUUCAGUCUUUCCAAAGCCCAGUUCUAGCCAGGACCUUACUUUUAGGGAUCAGGAACAUGAGCAAGGGAAAAAACAGCUGCUGCUGCUGAUGUUAUUAUUGAUAAUGAUUAUCUUCAUCUCCCUGUCUUUCACAAGUUCCUUCUUUGCCUCCAGUGUAAGCCAGUAAUUAAUACAGCCUGAUGUGCUGUUUGUAGGUACCUGCAGCUGGAAUAUUUGGGUUAAUACUCCAUCUGGGCCUGCUGAUUUUUACCAGCAUGCAGCAUCCCAGGGAAGUUCCUUUGCUCACUUCACUACAUACCUUGAAUUUUGGCAGUAAACAUUUUGAAUCCAGUUGCUGCACAGACUUGCUGGCAGUCUGAUUUUGUAACCAGACCAAUGAUUUUCAACAGCUCUAACAACUUCCUCUAACAACUUGUGCACCCCCCAGUAGUUUUCUUACAGAGGUUCAACCUCCUGACUGGUGAAUUUCAGAUUUAUAGUAACAGGUUUAACUUUCUUAGACACUUCUUGGAGAUAUCUUAGCAGUACUUCACUGAGUUGUGAAAAACCACAGAUCGCUGAAGACCAUGUGGAGACCAUUCAGGUGGGUUCAGAGCUUUCCUUCCACUGCCUUAUCUCAGUCUGUUCUACAAGCCUGGCUCAUUCCUACAGAGAGGCUGGGGAAUUUCUGCUGACUGAAUUCAUGGCUGUACCUUAGCUCCAUGUUUUAGUCCUAGUGAAUCUAUUGGAAAGCUGAAGAGAGUGAGAGAAAAAGCAAACCAAACACUACUGAGAUAAUUUUCUGUCCACAGCAUGUUGUGAAAAUAAAAGAAUGCUCUUGCAUUUCAUGUCUGAAAUUGAGAAGGGAAGAAUGCCCCAGCUGACAUCUGCACUAGGUCAUUCAGCCCACAUUUGGAUGUCUCCUGCUCUUUUUGCUGGCAAGUUAGAGACACUUGGCACUAAAAAAAUCUGGAGUUUGAUCAUUUUCUGGGGUCUAAAAUGUGAUGUUUUCCUUCAUGGUGCAAAUGCACCCAUGGCCACUGUACAUAUUAUAUAUGUAUGUCUGCUUAUGGUUGUCUUGCUCUAUGACUUGAUGAUCACACCACUCACCCUGACCCUCCUGCCCAGGCACCCUGUGACACCCUGUUUGUGCCACCUUCUGGCACUUGAUGCCAUGGGCUGAUUUUGGGGUAGUCAGGGCCACAGAGCAGAUAAUUGGACUAAUUGUUCCUGCCACUGGAGAGCUGUGGAUCUCAGAACAGCCCAGUGAAGCGAGUUGGGCUGAGUGAGAACAGAGGUGGUUCCAUGCUCUGCUGAAGUGCAGCCACCCAUGAGAGGAACACAGCAGCUCCCACUGACAGCACCAUCAGCAGCUUUUCCUGUUCCAAGUGCAUCCAUGCCCUCAGCUGGGACAGGGGAAACACAAUGUUGUAUCUGCAAUGUGUUCUGUGCCACCAAGAAGAGACCUUCUUCACCACAGGGACACCAAAUAUGUUUAUUUAUUUCUCUUUCAUCAGCACUAGAGUUGGUCACUGCCCAAGGAUGGAGAGUUCAUAAAUGUGUCUUGGAGCAGACCUCUCCAGGCUCCAUGGGAAGGGAAGGAGGUGGUUUUGUGUCUCUGGAGAUGAUCUGGGGGUUUCUGGUCUGUCCCAGCCCAAAUCUGUCCCUUGGGCAUGGAGGUGCUCUAAGAACAGCUGCAAAAUAUGUGGUCAAGUCACAGGCAGUGCAGGACUUUGCAUGAAAUAUCACAAAACACUUUGAAAGAUUAAAUUCCUCCUUAUUAACUGAAUUCACCAACUUCUGAUACUGGAUACUGUGUAUAUGUUUGGGAGUAAAAGAUGAUGGUCUUGAUUGAAAAGGGCACUCUUACAUCCCAAAGUACAAUUUCACAGUUAUUAUCCAGAAUCUUAAAAUAAAGCAUGUUCCAAAGUGUUCUGCUGGAUCAUGGCCUGCAUUGCAAAAAAAAGAGAAAAUUGAAGAUAGUUGGAAGAUGAGAUCUGUGCCCCUAGAUUUUGGCUAAGAGAAAUAAAGGUAUUCCAAAUUAUUUCCCAUUUUUUUUCUGUUCAAAAGCAAAAUCAGUAUAUCACAGAUGUAUCCAACAUGGACACCUUUAAUCUGCUAAUUGGCCCAGUGUCUCUGGUAUUUUGAGCCCAUCUGUUGUGAUCUGAUGAAUUUUACAUCUAAUGAAUUUACAAUCUGAUAAAUUUAACAUGAGGUACCAAGAAAUACCUGAUGUUUCCCUCGGUACAGGUGAGAUGGAAAUUGUGAAAUAAAGGGCUGAAUUGCAGAGAUGUGUGUGUGCAGAGUACCUGUGCUGAUUUCAGCCUGGCCCUUGCAGGCAUCUGGCAGCUCUGAAGCAGAAUUUGUCCUGAAACAUUUUCAUGGAAGUGUCAGUGAAGAGCUCAGAACACAAAAUACAAAGGGGCUGAGAAAAACAAUAACGAUUUUAAAAGGAACAAAAUAAACACAAAUAAAGUAAAUAAAUUUUAAAAAGAUGUCUUUAUUAAGUGUGACAAAUUAUGAUCUGGAAUGUGACCAGCUUGUUUCUGUCCAGGUUUGCAGUGCUGUCUGUCAGUGUGUGCUGGUUUCACAUGAGGAUAAACCGGAGCCAGGCUCUGCUGCUGAGUAUCAGCAAUUUAUCCAGGUUUCUCCCAAGGGCUGGCUGCCCCUCUCGAGCACAGGUCUCAGAAUGCCCGGUGGCUUUGGGCACUGCUGCUCACCCGGGCACUGCUGCAGCCAGAGGGGGCCGAGGCAGGAGCCAGCACUGCCCUCCUGCAGCGGGGGAUGAGGAUGCUUUGGGCUGUUCUGGGCCCAUCACGGUCCCGGGGGACAGGGACAGGGGCUGGAGCCUGCCUGAUCCCACAGCUCGGGAUGAGGAUGCUUUGGGCUGUUCUGGGCCCAUCACGGUCCCGAGGGACAGGGGCUGGAGCCUGCCUGAUCGCAGCACUCCGGGGUGCUCAGGGUGCUCAGACACUGCUGCUGCUGCUGAUGGCACAGGACAAGGGACCCCCUGGCUGUGGGACCUGCUGAAGAGCAGCCCAGGGCACUGCAGCUGUUCCUGCGCUCCAGCCUGUCCUGCCCCAUCCCGGGGAAGCCGAUACUACCGGGGGCAGGGGAGGGCAGAGAGCAGUGAAUCAAUAAAAUCAAAGGACGCUGUAACUAUUUAAAGUUAGGGAGGAUAUAUUUAUUAUUAUUUCGGCCGGGAGACGAGCUGGAGUCCUCUCCCAAAGUCGUGCGCGUCCCCACUGCCCUUUAUUCCCGAUUUAUUUCCCAAAGUAUUACAUAUGCAUAGGAUUACACAAUACAUCUAUACAUAUUCAUUGCUGAUUCCGCCUGCUCUCAUCUCGUACGGUAAUGAGCUCCACACCACUCUGGGCAUGCUCAGUUUUUCUUUAAAAUAGGUCUGGGGUCUUUUUAAUGAAAUCUUACUUUUCCUCGGGCUUGAACUUUUCGACUGUGUCCUGUUGGCAGCUCUCCUGCUUCUCUUGGACACAGUUCAGAUCCCUUGCUUGCAGGUGUAGACACGGUCCCUUUCUCUUCCACAAUAGUCCAUCCUUCUUGUCUCCUUCUACAAAUACAGUUAAACGGGAUGAUAUUUAUCUCUGUGGACCAUUCAUUUGAUUUUGGCAAUUGUUAGCCACAUUGUAUUCCCUUUGCAAGCAGGACCUGCACAGGCCGGCUUCUAACCAAGCAUAUCCAGUCCUACAUUGCCUUUAUCCCAAAUUCUCUUUCAUCUCUUCCACUCCGAAUUUUUUCAUAAGCUGCUUCUAUUUUGGUUAAAAUCUUAAUUCUUUAAUUUCCUUAACUCAGCAGCUGCUGCUGCCAGAGCUGGGGCAGCAGAUUCGGGUCCUCUGUCUCCAGGGGUGAUGUCCAGCGUCCCACAGCUCUGCCAGUGUCACCCUGAGGUGUCCCUCAGCUGGGGCAGCAAUCUGAAAGUGCCACUGAGUUCUGGCCAGCCGGGUCACUCUCUGGGAACCCGCUGGAGAUUCCCCCCAGAUAAUCUCAGAGCCUCCUUCCAGCUCGACAGGGCUGAUCGGGGAGAGGAAGGGGAGUCAGGCCUCAGUAAACACCCUGAGAGGAAACCUGCAUCUCUUUUAUGAACACCAAAAGCACCGAGGGGUUGGUAAAGUUUUGCAAAGAGUCAGAUGGAGUAGGAAGAGCUCCUGCAGCACCCAGGUGUUCCCAGUGGUUUUGGAAAGCUCGUCCAUACCUCAGGGAUGGAAAUUGGCACCUAGGCAAAGAAAGGAAAGCUCUGACAGGCAGAGCUGGUUUCAGAGAGGCAGGAGACCAUUAAAAAUGGAGCAUACUUGUGCGGAGGGCAGGUGGAGUAGGAGCACCAAAGCACUGACACACGCUGCCCUUGAAGGACCCUCCAGUGGUCAGAACAUUUUUAGGUGCAGAUUGUCCUGGCAGAGCUGGCCCUGGCUGCCUGUGAGGAGCAUCCAGUGUUACAGCAGCUCCUGGGCAGCCAUGGACUUUCACCCACCAGCACUGUUCCUGGCACAACCAGGACUCCCCACCCAGCAGGUUCCACCUUUCCACAUGCUCGGAGUGGAGGAGGAGAGGUUAACUCCUGUGUAACCCUGCCUUGCCUGUUACAUCUGUGGCCAAUUGCCCACCUCUCUCUCACCACACUCACAGUUUAACAAAACACCAGAUCCAAGGUGAUAGUGACUGCAGUGCAAGAGAUCUCCCUUCCUUCUCUCCAAGUGAGCAUUGUACCAGUGUUAGAGGGGAAAUGAUUUUGUUCAAGUAAUUUUUCUGUGUAAUACCUGUUGUUAGAAAAUAUUGCCAUAUGAAAAUGUGUGUAAAUAAACAAUUUUGAUUGUCAUGAUA